GUUGACGGAUAGGUUGGGCGAUCUUCCUGAAAGUUGCUCAAGAAUCAAGUUACAAAGAGGGCACUCUUUUAUAAAGCGUUUGAAAGGUUCAAUUGUACCUAGAGAAGCUAGAUGCGUACAGUUGUCGCAUAUAGGCGUAAGAGAAGACUGGCAAUAAUCCAAAGAAGGGCUAACGCCAGUCAUAGAGGGAAUCCAUCGGUUACGCUAUAAAGGAGUUAAAGUGUCGAGAAUGGUCUGGGAUAUAUAACAGUAGCGUAACAUCUACUUACUAGCUGGUAGCGUUAGUCCCUCCAAUUAGUUUAUAUCACAUUAAAUAAGAGGGAUUAACGCAAACUUACAUCCUAUUCCCACCGAAAUGUCCCUCCGGUCAGUCCAAGUCAUUCCAAGCGCAAAAGAGAGAUAUGGUCGUAUUCACUUACCUCCUAUUCCCACCGAACAGUCCCUCCGGUCAGUCCAAGUCAUUCCAAGCGCAAAAGAGAGAUAUGGUCGUAUUCACUUACGUACUAUUCCCACCGAAAUGUCCCUCCGGUCAGUCCAAGUCAUUCCAAGCGCAAAAGAGAGAUAUGGUCGUAUUCACUUACCCGCUAUUCCCACCGAACAGUCCCUCCGGUCAGUCCAAGUCAUUCCAAGCGCAAAAGAGAGAUAUGGUCGUAUUCACUUACCCGCUAUUCCCACCGAACAGUCCCUCCGGUCAGUCCAAGUCAUUCCAAGCGCAAAAGAGAGACAUGGUCGUAUUCACUUACCUCCUAUUCCCACCGAACAGUCCCUCCGGUCAGUCCAAGUCAUUCCAAGCGCAAAAGAGAGACAUAGUCGUAUUCACUUACCCACUAUUCCCACCGAACAGUCCCUCCGGUCAGUCCAAGUCAUUCCAAGCGCAAAAGAGAGAUAUGGUCGUAUUCACUUACGUACUAUUCCCACCGAACAGUCCCUCCGGUCAGUCCAAGUCAUUCCAAGCGCAAAAGAGAGACAUGGUCGUAUUCACUUACCUCCUAUUCCCACCGAACAGUCCCUCCGGUCAGUCCAAGUCAUUCCAAGCGCAAAAGAGAGACAUAGUCGUAUUCACUUACGUACUAUUCCCACCGAACAGUCCCUCCGGUCAGUCCAAGUCAUUCCAAGCGCAAAAGAGAGAUAUGGUCGUAUUCACUUACGUACUAUUCCCACCGAAAUGUCCCUCCGGUCAGUCCAAGUCAUUCCAAGCGCAAAAGAGAGAUAUGGUCGUAUUCACUUACGUACUAUUCCCACCGAAAUGUCCCUCCGGUCAGUCCAAGUCAUUCCAAGCGCAAAAGAGAGAUAUAGUCGUAUUUACUUACAAGCUAUUCCCACCGAACAGUCCCUCCGGUCAGUCCAAGUCAUUCCAAGCGCAAAAGAGAGACAUAGUCGUAUUCACUUACGUCCUAUUCCCACCGAACAGUCCCUCCGGUAAGUCCAAGUCAUUUCAAUAACACAUAUCGUCACACUAACCUCCUAAUUACAAGAUUAAGUGACUAUUCCUAAAGUAAGCUCGCUUUUACAUACGCUCUAUAUAGGGCUCUAUUAGUAAAUAAUCCCUAUAAACUUUCGCGUUACGUUCC